AUGAACAAGACUUCUCACACUGAUGAACCCUUUGAGGGCGAUGACGGCUACAACCAGAGCCCGAAUCCAAACUCUAGCGACUUGACCACCAACGCUGACUUCAACGGGCUGGUCAACAGUCGCACUUCUCUCCAAGGCGACUCACGUGCUCUCCCAGACGCAGCGUCAAACAUGUCUGGCCAGAUAGUCAACGACACUGCCACUGAAACGCCCGGCCAUGGAAAGGCGAAGCUGCGGCUGGCUCAUCGGUCAAUCGACCAUGGCCAGCCCUCAGGCGGUCUGCGCUCAGCACCCGCCAACCCCCCGCCAGCACCAGCUGGUCCCGCCGACAACGGCACGCCAUUUCAGCGUCUCAAAGACACCCUCGCCAAAAUUGGAUACUUCAUUGGGCCUGGAUUCAUGAUAUCGGUUGCGUAUAUCGACCCGGGCAAUUACUCGACCGACAUCGCUGCAGGAGCUUCCUAUCGCUUUCGCCUCCUGUUCAUUGUCCUGCUUUCGAAUGUAUUUGCCAUCUUUCUGCAGAGUUUGGCGAUUAAGCUGGGGACUGUGAGUGGGCUUAAUCUUGCACAGGCUUGCCGCGCGUUUCUGCCGCGGUGGUUAAAUUAUAUCUUAUAUGUCUUUGCUGAGGCAGCUAUCAUUGCUACUGACAUCGCAGAGGUCAUUGGAUUUGCGAUUGCCCUGAACCUUCUGGUCCCCAAGAUUCCGCUGGUGGCAGGAUGUGCCAUUUCCAUUCUUGACGUUAUGGUCCUCCUCAUCUUCUACCGCCCUGAAGGAUCUAUGAAGGGUUUACGGUACUUCGAAAUGUUCAUCAUGUGUCUCGUCCUUGGCGUCGUUAUUUGUUUCUGUAUUCAGCUAUCUUUGAUCAAAGAUACGACCCCUGGGGAGGUCUUCCAAGGUUAUCUGCCAUCAAAGUAUCUCAUAGAGUCUGAAGCCAUUUACCAGGCCUGUGGUAUUCUCGGUGCGACGGUCAUGCCUCACAGUCUGUAUCUUGGAUCCGGCAUUGUUCAGCCUCGCCUGCGUGAUUACGAUGAAAGGAGUGCUCUGUUGCCUCGUCAAGUCACCUCAGAACCCUCCGUCAUCGACAAUAGCAUCGACAAAGGCUACUAUGUGCCCUCUGAGAAGGCAAUCAAGCACUCACUCAACCUUUCGAUUCUCGACCUGUCUAUUUCUCUCUUCACAUUCGCGCUCUUUGUCAACUCGGCUAUCCUCAUUGUUGCAGGUGCUUCGCUGUAUAAUAACCCAAAUGCUCGCGAUGCAGAUAUCUUCGGUAUUCAUAAAUUGCUUUCCGAGUCUAUCUCACCUGCUGCCGGCACCAUAUUUGCCCUGGCACUGUUACUCUCAGGAGUUUCUGCUGGAAUUGUUUGCACCAUUGCUGGUCAGAUGGUCAGCGAAGGCGCCUUAAACUGGAACGUUAAACCAUGGCUACGCCGUCUUAUAACUCGGAGUAUUAGUAUUACCCCAAGCAUUAUCAUUGCAGGAGCCGUCGGGCGUGAGGGACUUAACGCAGCACUCAACGGAUCGCAGGUGGCUCUCAGCAUUAUCCUACCGUUCGUAACCGCCCCUCUGAUUUACUUCACGUGCCGUGAUAAAUACAUGACGAUCCAAACAGGCAGUGCGCGCUGGCGUACAGGUGACAUGGAUGAUGAGACAGACGCAGAUGGGAUUCUUGAAGACGGAGACAGAGUCCGAGGUCAAGGCGUCAAGAUGACCAACUCGUGGUUUACUAUGAUUCUGGCCAUUCUGAUCUGGCUUUUUAUGGCUAUCAUGAACGUGGCCAACCUGGUAUUCCUUGGCAACUAA